AUGGCUCAAACUGAUUCGCAAAGCCACCACCCAGCAUCAGAACCCAGGUCGACCAGGACCCGGUUCGACUUUGCUUACCUUCCAGACGUGUCUGUCUCCUGUUCUACGUCCGACUUUGUUGUUCGGGUCAAGCAGUCUUUCUACGGGUUUGGCGCGGACGAGUCGGAGCUCAAACUGGGCAGUAGCUGCAGAAGCAACGGUGUCCUCAGACCAUACGGAGACUUCAUCUUCGCCUACCCGCUGACGGCGUGUGACUCCAGGCGUGAGACAACGCGCGACUUCUUGGUCUACAGAUACAUUCUCCACUAUGAACCUUUAAACAAGACUCCUCUGAUUGACGUGGACAUUGAAUGUCGUUAUCAAAGGUACCACCAUGUGUACCAGCUGGCAGUCAAGCCCACGUGGCAAACUGCUUUUGUGCGUAAAAACCUGAAAGCGCGUCAAAAUGAAUUCCUAAUCCAACUGAUGGAUGAUUCAUGGCACAACCCGGUCAAAUAUAAGGUGUACCAACUUGGUCAGAAGGUUCACAUCCAAGUCUCUGCUCCACAUCUCCGUGCUGGAAGGAAACUGUACAUCAACAGCUGCCAUGCUUCACUGGCUGGUGGCUCUUCAACGUCCCACAAAUACACAAUCAUUGGACAUUUAGGUUGCAUGCUGGACAGCAAACGGGACUCUGGAGGGGACUCUCAGUUCAUCUCUCGCACAAACAAGACCUUGAGAUUCUCAUUCAAAGCCUUCCAGUUCAUUUCUGAGCCAGACAAAGAGAUCAGCAUUCGCUGCAAAUUAUUUGUCACAUCAGAGGAGCCAGGUCCGGCACGUAAAUCAUGCACCUACAGAGGGGACAGGUGGAGGGCCCUUUCAGGCGAUGACUCCAUUUGUGAGUGCUGUAAUUCACGAUGUGUGGCCUUCAAGUCACAGAAAACCAUCAUGGAAGGUUCUGUAAGGAGUGCGUUGCUGGUUGCCGAUCAGCCGCUUGCAGAGGAAGGCUUACUUGCUGUCAGGAGACUGAAUCAUCCCCAGCAUCAGAGUCAUGCCGUCUUUAGGCAAAAUGCAGAUGUACUUAAAAAUGAUGGCAAAGAAGAGGAUGAUGGUGGGGGAGAGAGGCUGAUUCAAGAAGAAAAGAUAGAACCUGCACUUGAGAAAUUUCCCCAGGUGAGGGAAAAGUCAGAAGAGAGCGUUUCAAAUGAGUUUGAAGAGAAUGGAUCAGGAUACGAAGUCGACAACCUUUUAAGGAGUAUGAAGGAAGAACUACAAGGAAAGGGUGCAUGGCAGUUGUCCCAAGUCAAUCAAACAAAAGGAGAAUCAUUGCAUGAAUGGCUGCAGCCGGAGCAAAUGUUAGCAUCACAAGUCACGGAGCAAAGAGAUGUGCAAGAACAUGAUGCCAAAGGUGAUGAAGAAAAGAGGAAUCGCACGAAUGGGACAGAGGAGGCUGCAAGAACACGAUUCUCUGCGAUCCACGAUAAUGAUGAGCAGGGAGAUGACAAAGAGCUGACCUGGUAUUUCCCCUGGAGGUAGCUUCUUCACUCUCCCAUCUCAAUAAAGUCACAUUUCAGUUAAGAGAUGCAUUAUUUUGUUUCAACUAAACACUGUACACAUAUCCAAUCCUUCCAUCAUUAACCUUACAUUCAUAUUUUUGGAAUGGAGGAGGAAAACAGAGAAAACACACGCAUGCACAGGAAGAACAUGCAAAAAACACACAGAGACUCACAAACGGACAUUCGAAACCAGAAGUUCUCAAUCUCCUGUGUGGCCAACAAGCUAACCACUAGGCCACCGUGCGGCCACUGUACACGUAGUCAUUCUUCAAUUAUCUCAAGUUGUCUAAAAACAGAAUCCGUAAUGGAUACAUCAUUAACCAUUGCUGACACUAACAAAUACAGAAUAGAUACAUGUGAACCCGGAAAUACAGUGAAACCUCUGUUUUCGACCAAAAUCAUUGCAAAAAAUGUCAAUUUCGUACACUGUCUUGGUUAUCGUACACAAAAUCGAGUGCCCAAACAAAGCAUUGGUGACUCAUUUUCAAUGAAGAAUGAAUAGUGGUUCUUGGUUCCUUCCAGGAAAUUCUUCAAUCAUUCACAUCACUUCAUGUCUGUGUGGUUUGUUUUCUUAUAAGACACAGAACGAUGAACAACUCAUGUCUCCUUUCUUCCUCAUAAGCACCGUGCUUCGGUGAGAUGUUCAAGUGCACUGUGUAUUUGAGUUUUAGAGGAAUGUGUACUAAAAAAAAAAAAAAAAUCAAAUACACUAUGACUGCAAAGAAAGUUGCACGCGCCAGGACUUUGAUAAAAAAGAUGAGAAACACGAUUGAAUUCAAGACAUAAGUUGUAGCAAAGAACAAAAGCAGCAUAUGUUACAAGAAUUAUAAUGUACUGUAAAGGUUCCUUAG